AUGAGUUGGAUGAACAAAGUAAAACGUGUGGUUUUCUCUUCUCGUUUAAUAUACAACACUGUUUUAGGUACAAGAUAUUUGAAAUAUUGGAAAUUUCGACAGGUUGUACCAAGGUUGCAAAGGUUUGCUCGGCAUUUUUUAACCCCAGUACCUCCACUAUUGGCUUUGUCUUUAUUUGGCUGGAAAAGUGAAGAUAAGAUGGAGGCAACAAAUUUGGAAUCUGGCCAUAUUGAGGAGGAGGCUAUAAAACAUGCUGAUAAGCUAUACCAAUCAAAAGAAGAUAAAGAAAGCAAUGAAGUUGAAGUUGUAAAAAAUCUAUUCGCCUACCUUUCCCAGUAUAAAGAUUGUAGUAAUGCUGGGUUAUUGUGGAGAUUAGCAAGAGCUGCUCGAGAUCUUGCCACUCUUUCUGUCACUGAUGAAACAAGUAAAAAAUCUUUAACUUAUGAGGCACAUGAGUAUGCAAAGCGGGCGUUGGCCUGUGAUGAAGAAAACUUCGCUUGUCAUAAGUGGUAUGCCAUCACACUGAGCAGAAUAGGAGAUUAUGAGGGAACAAAACAGAAAAUCUCAAAUGCUUAUAUAAUUCAAAAUCAUUUCAAGAGAGCAAUUGAGCUUAAUCCCUUAGAUCCAACAUGUUAUCAUUUGCUUGGAAGAUGGUGUUUUACUGUUGCUGAUGUUCCCUGGUAUCAAAGAAAAAUUGCUAGUGCUAUAUUUGAUACACCACCUUCAUCGUCAUACGAGGAGGCUCUUGAUUAUUUUGAGCGAGCAGAGCGUCUUGAGCCAAAUUUUUACACCAUGAAUCAACUGAUGAUUGUAAAAUGCUAUCUUCGUCUAAAUAAGAAAACAGAAGCUCGAUCAUGGUUGGAAAAGCUUCUUAUAUUUAAUCCAAAGACGGAAGAAGAUACAAAAACGGUUGAAGAAGCAAAAGAACUGCGCAAGAGUUGUUGAAAACAUUGAUUCAUUUACUGUACAAAUUUUUGUACCUAUACUGACAUUGGCUAGUUUUUCGAACUAUUAUUACUAACUAUUACUGCUAACUAUGGCUCAAUUUAUGAAAAUUAAAUUCAUGUUUUGCCAAAAAUAGACUCCUGCAAUUUGUAACAAAACCUAGUCACUGAUAUUAAAGAUAGCUUGUUGU